GUCUUCGUGGAAGCAACUUGUCUUCUAUGAUCGUACUAAAUUAAGUUAUCCCAGGAGUGAAACAGUUGAUUCUGCCAAUUGAAUUAGGGGAUGGCUUUUGCAGAGCAUUCACCCCUGACCCUUCACCGCCAGGACCUCUGUAGCCGCUCUAUCUGGCUAGCAAGGAAGAUUCGUUCAGACCUGACUUCUCUUAUGGAAUCUUAUGUGACACAUCAGGGCCUGAACAAGAAUGUCAACCUGGACUCUGUGGAUGGUGUGCCAGUGGCAAGCACUGAUCAGUGGAGUGAGCUUACCGAGGCAGAGCGACUCCAAGAGAACCUCCAAGCUUAUCGUAUCUUCCAUGUUAUGUUAGCCAAGCUUUUGGAAGACCAGCAGGUGCAUUUUACCCCAACUGAAAGUGACUUCCAUCAGGCAAUACAUACCCUUCUGCUCCAAGUUUCUGCCUUUGCCUACCAGCUAGAGGAGUUAAUGGUGCUUCUGGAACACAAGAUCCCCCCGAAUGAGGCUGAUGGAAUGCCUGUUGCUGUUGGAGAAGGCCUCUUUGAGAAGAAGCUGUGGGGCCUAAAGGUGCUUCAAGAGCUUUCACAGUGGACGGUGAGGUCCAUCCAUGACCUUCAUGUCAUUUCUUCUCAUCAGAUGGGAAUCCCAGCACAAGAGAGCUAUUACAUGGCUAAGGACAAGAAAAUGUAGCCCUCUCUCUUUUUCUUACUUUCUGUUUUAAUGGAGUACAUAUAGUUUUCUGGGGCUCAUUUCCCCAUCUUCAGUUUUUGAAAACCUUUAAGACUACAAGCAUUUUCAUCAAGUAGAAGUGGAGACAUGGACAAAUGGACAUACAGAUUUAGUCUGGGAUGCAUGCAUGCUUACAUGCAUGUGUGUUGGGGGUAUAAGAGAUUGAAAGCAGGGAUAUCCUUCCAACUUAGUGCCCUAACCCUCCUGCCCACUAAGUAACCUUUCCAGGCAUUUAACAACCUUAGAAGAGAUAAUAUUCUAACUCUAGAUUUGGAUGAAUUC